CUGAAUCCGCUGUCAUCAAUGGACCCUCCUUCAUUUCUGGAUCCAAGUGCCCUUCUUUCAUGCAACACAAUCGAAAUUUGAAAUGAUCAAUGAAAUUUUCAUCCAAAAGUAAUCAUUUCCCAUGUCGUGUAGUCCUCAAUUGUUUCAAUCCAUCCAUUUUUGGUGGAAUUUACAAUUUGAGAUUGCGGAGACCUGGCAUUGUUGGCAGUAGAGCUCAUCUAAGAUCGUUAAGUGAAGAAAAUAAUGAUCUGGGUGGUGACCAAGGUGAGGUUUUAGCAGGCUUGGAUUUGAAGUCUUUGAAGAUUUUUCUGAAGCCAGGAGUCUUUAUUUGGCCAAUGCUUUGUUGUCUUUUGGUUUUCGCGUGCAAGAGAGUGCUUGCGGCGGAGGGAGUGGUGAAUGCAGAGUACAAAGUGGUUGUCAAUGGCAGAGACUUCUAUAACUACACUGUGGCCAUGGAAGGUUUGCUUUCUUUGUCCUGUGAUUUCGGCUUCAGUCCCUCUCUCCCACUUGGUCACUUGCUUUUAGCAACAUCUUCCUCCCACAACAGACAAAACCCAACAGAAGUAGCCUUCCUUCUGUGAGAUGAAUGGACAUUAUCAGCAUCAUAGAUUCAACUCACUUUCACCUUUUUAAUAUCAUCAUGGUCAGUUGUGCAUAUGACAGUGUCUUUGGACCAUAAAUUCUCCAAUAUUGG